GAAGCUAGCAGCUGAUACAUCACAGAUAAUAAGAUAAAUGGAAAAUCGCUGAUUUUAAUAAUAUAAGUGAAUGAAAGAUAGGAAAUUUGUCAGUUUUUGAUAUUAGCCUUAAGAGGUGAAAAUAGUGAUGGUUAUAUAUGGAGUAUACAUUGUAUCAAAAUCCGGUGGACUGAUUUUUAAUCAUGAUCAUAAUCUUACGAAGAUUGAGACAGAGAAAACCUUCAGUUUUCCACUAGACAUACAAUUGCAAUGUGAAAACAAAAAAGUUGUAGUUGCUUUUGGACAAAGAGAUGGGAUAAUGGUUGGUCAUGUUCUGACUGCAGUAAAUGGAAUUCCAGUGACAGGACAACAGCUGGAUGAUGGAAGGGAUGUGUUUGAUGUUCUGAAAACUCAAGAAUUAUUUCCUCUGAAUUUAAAAUUUGAACGUCCUAAGAUGACGACCAAUGAGAAGAUAUUUCUAGCUAGCAUGUUCUACCCACUUUUUGCAAUUGCGAGCCAGUUAAGCCCAGAGCCUAGAAGUUCUGGUAUAGAGGUUUUAGAAGCAGACACAUUCAAGCUGCACUGUUUUCAGACUCUUACAGGAGUAAAGUUCAUAGUUGUGGUUGAACCAAACCAAGGUGGAAUGGAUGUACUGUUGAAAAGAAUUUAUGAACUGUAUGCAGAUUAUGCUCUGAAGAAUCCAUUUUACUCGCUGGAAAUGCCAAUCCGAUGCGAACUGUUUGAUACGAAUCUUCAGAUUUUACUUGAACAGGUUGAAAAAACAGGGAUUAGUAGUGUGUGAAUAAUGUUAUUCUUAUUUAAAUAUACUGUAUAAAAUUGUAAAAACUUGUGUCUUUAUUAAAAAUUGUUCAUAGCA